AUCUUCUUCACCUGUCUGGUUAUAUUACAACCACAUACGAGAAUUAUUAAUAAACUUGUCUACUACCACAUAAUUGUCCCUGCAUUUCACUAACAGCUAGCACUAUAGUGAUUAGCCCUUCAUUAAAUUACUGUCUUGUUAAAAAAAUUGUUCUUUUUCAUCUCCAAUCAUGGGCUUAAUCUACAUGUGUUUCGGAGCCUUUUUGGCUAUAGGACUUGUGAUUUUGGGAUGGAGAAUUUUGAUUUGGGUGUGGUUAAGGCCGAGGAAAUUAGAGAAGUUCCUGAGAAAGCAGGGGCUCAGGGGAAACCCGUACAGAAUUUUCUUCGGAGAUAUAAGAGAGCUGGUAAAAAUGCUGGCAGAAGCUAAAUCCAGGCCUAUUGGACUAGGUGAUGAUAUUCUGCCACGUGUUGUUCCUGGCGACGUUCACACAGUGGAGAAACAUGGGAAGAAUUCAUUUGUAUGGCUCGGGCCAAGGCCACUGGUAUACCUUAUGGAUCCAGACACAAUAAAAGAGGUUCUGAAUAAGAGUAAUCAGUUUCAGAAAGUCAAAGGAGGUAAUCCUAUGAUCAAGUUGCUCGUGACUGGACUGGUUUUCUAUGAGGGUGACAAAUGGGCCAAGCACCGCAAAAUUAUCAACCCUGCUUUCCAUGUUGACAAGUUGAAGAAUAUGGUACCUGCCAUGUACUUAAGUUGUAACGACAUAAUGAACGAAUGGGAGAAGAUGGUUUCUGCUGAGGGGCAGUGUGAGGUGGAUGUAUACCAUCAUCUAGAAAAUUUGACUAGUGAUGUCAUUUCGCGUACAGCAUUUGGUAGUAGUUAUGAAGAAGGAAGGAAGAUUUUUCAGCUCCAGAGAGAACAGUCUAAUCUUCUAGUCGAGGCUUCCCAAUCAGUAUACAUUCCCGGAAUGAGACUUUUGCCAACCAAACGUAACAAGAGGAUGAAGGAAAUCGCCAAAGAAGUUAAAGCUACCAUUAGAAGUAUCAUUGACAAAAGAUUGAGAGAAAUCGAAGGAGGCAAAACCAACCAGGGUGACUUACUGGGCAUACUCCUGGAUAGCAAUUUAAAAGAAAUUGAACAACAUGGAAACAAUAAAAGUUUCGGGUUGGCAAUCGAUGAAGUAAUCGAAGAGUGCAAGCUGUUCUAUUUUGCAGGACAGGAGACAACCUCAAAUACACUGGUAUGGGCAAUGAUUUUGCUCGGUCAGCAUCAAGAUUGGCAGAAACGGGCUAGAGAAGAGGUCUUGCAGACGUUUGGGAACAACAAACCAGAUCUUGAUGGUUUAAAUCGCCUCAAAGUUGUAAAUAUGAUUUUGCUGGAGGCUCUGAGAUUAUACCCACCCGUAGUUGUCCUUGGUAGAAAUAUAGAUAAAGAGACCAAAUUAGGAGAUACUACUCUUCCAGCAGGAGUAAUUCUCCAGAUACCUGUGCUCUUGUUGCAUCACGACGUUGAAUUAUGGGGCGAUGAUGCUAAGCAAUUCAAUCCAGAAAGAUUUGCAGAAGGUUUACUAAAAGUGACAAAGGGAAAAGCAUCGUAUCUACCUUUUAGUUGGGGGCCUCGGAUUUGUAUAGGCCAGAACUUUGCCAUGUUGGAAGCUAAAAUGGCACUGGCCAUGAUUCUACAACGAUUCUCCUUUGUGCUUUCCCCGUCUUAUACUCAUGCUCCACACACCAUUCUAACACUUCAGCCUCAGCAUGGUGCACAUUUGAUCCUACAAUCGGUUAAGUCCUAGAGCUGUUCUUGGCCGGUCUGAAACUGUGGCCAAAGCUACAGUUAGUCGCUCAAUAUUGACAUUCAUGUUUAAUUGCGUCUGCAUCUACUAAUUAGGAUCCGGAUCCCUGACAUACGUAUACUUUUGACGGCAAUGGACUUUUGUUGUUUGGAUGCAA